AAGGUUUAUUUUCCUUGAAUCUUACCAACAAAACACUCAGAAACUGAGGAGAGAAAGAGAGAGGAAGAGGGAGAGCGGAAAAAGUGAAAUAGAAAAACAAUGAAUUCAUCCAAAUCAUCUGCAUCACAAUGCACAGAGAGGGCAUGCUUCUCUUCCCAAGUGUUCUUGUGGACUGUUGCUGGGAUCUCCAUCCUACUACUCAGUGCCUGUUUUAUCAUCAGAUGUAUUGUGACAUAUCACAUCUUUCAACUCUGUGGUGAGAUAAACUUUCAGCCACAUGACGAUUUCAUGGAACUCUCCUGCUACAAUGAUGGAUCAGGUUCAGUCAAGAAUUGUUGUCCCUUAAACUGGGUACAUUUUCAAUCUAGCUGCUAUUUCUUUUCUACUGACACCAUGUCCUGGACAGCAAGUUUAAAAAACUGCUCAAACAUGAGAGCUCAUCUGGUGGUUAUCAACACACAGGAGGAGCAGGAAUUCCUUUUCCAUGCAAAACCUGAAAAGAGAGAGUUUUAUAUUGGGCUGACAGACCAGGUGGUUGAGAAUCAGUGGAAAUGGGUAGAUGGCACACCUUUAAUCAAGUCUCUAAGCUUCUGGGACAUAGGGGAGCCCAACAACAUAGCUACAGUGGAGGACUGCGCCACCAUACGAGACUCUUCAAAUCCUAGGCAAAAUUGGAAUGAUGUGCCCUGUUUCUUCAAUAUGUUUUGGAUUUGUGAAAUGCCAGAAAAUAAUAUUUUGAACAAAGAAAAAUCUCUAAGAGAAGAAGGCACAACUUAAAUGUGUAAAUGAGGAGGAACAAGAGCGUGAACACAGCCACAACUACAACAUGAGAAAAGCGUGCAUU